GAUGGCAGCCUACAGUCGCAUGCGAUUUUGUUUACAGCGAUCACGCGGAUUUAUAUCCUGUCACCCACCGCACUCUAGAUGCUCUAGGGUAAAUUCAGAACGGAAUAUUUGCUGCCAUCAUUGUUAUUAGUUGUGGUUGCUUUUGGUACAGUCUAACUAUUUGAUAAGGGUUGAAGAUGUAUAUGAAUGUACGGUAUAGACACAAACUGUACAAGUCUGUAAACAUGAUGAGAAUGUUCUUGUGGGCAGCUGCAUUCUUUGCACCAGUGUUGAUAUUGAAGAUCAGGAAAAGACAGCCAAUACUGGAGUUUCCUGUAGAAAUAAACAGUUCGGAAAAGCACAGGAUAGCACUGGACUACAAGCUUUAUCCGGAUUUAUUUUAUACCAAUCGUGGAAAGUACACUGGUCUCUACCUUAGCUGGUAUAGGAAAAUGGGAAAAGGCAGGAAGAAAUUUGUCAGUGAUGCAGGCAAAUGGACGGGGAAUGCAGGUUACAAUCACACAUUGGGGGACACCAUUGCUGUGGAUAGGGACAUAUUCGAUAGCAGAGAUGAUGCAUGCAGAGACAUCUAUGAUGUUGAUGACUUUGAUAUCAAGUCUCUCCCUAAAGCCAGUGUGGUCAUCCCAUUUCACAAUGAGCCUCUGUCCAGCAUACUACGGACACUGCACAGCUUACUGACCAGGGGGCCAAGAGAGGUCAUCAAGGAGGUCAUUCUAGUGGACGAUGGAAGCACAAAUGAUAAAACUUGCCUAAAAGAACCCAUAGAAAAGGCUAUUUUAACAUUACCUGGUGUUAAAUUGAUAAGAACGGUCCAGCGAGAAGGUUCCACCAAGGCCAGGCUGAUUGGUGCAGCAUAUGUCACAGGAGAGGUCAUAUCUUACCUGGAUUCACACGUGGAAUGCAACCGCAACUGGUUGCUGCCUAUACUACAUCAUAUCCAUCAUCAUCCCAAUGCUGUUGCCAUGUCUCUACUGGACACUAUUUUUGGUGAUUCCUUUAACCUGCAAAAGAGUUGGCUGGGCUCACAUGGAGGGUUCAACUGGAAUUUAGAAUUCUAUUGGAAACCAAUACCAGCUGAGUUAAGGAAAAGUUUGAAAAACACUGAUCCAAUUCCUUCUCCUAUUAUGCCAGCUGGUGCGUUUGCCUUGAGAAUGGACUUUUUUAGACAGCUUGGCAUGUUAGAUCCUGACAUGAGAAUUUGGGGGGUUGACGACGUAGAGUUUUCUUUCCGAGCAUGGCAGUGCGGAGGGCGUGUUGAGAUUCACCCAUGCUCACGUGUCGGUCACAUCUUCCGUAGUGUUCCUUAUUCUUUCCAGGAUAAACCUGGGAAAGUGAUAUUUCACAAUGCUGUUAGAUCAGCUGAGGUUGUCCUUGGUCCAGAUUACCGCAAGUUUUUCUACGGACAAGCAACACACUAUGAUGUUUCAGUGAACAGAACUUCACUGAAGGAAAGAAUUCAGCUGAAGAAAAAUCUUAACUGUAAAUCCUUUGAAUGGUACAUGUCUAAUAUUAUACCUGAAAUGCCUAUCCCUCCAAAUGAUGCAGUUUUUUAUGAAAGACUAGAAAAUGUGGGUAAAUCAUUGUGUUUGGAAGAUAGCAAUGGGGCACCCAGUCUCGCAGAAUGUGUGAGUUUAAAGUCAAGUCAGAUGGCAUACAUUAAUAAAGAAAACCAGUUGAGGAUUGGUUCAAAGUGCUUAGGUCAAAACAAAAUGGACUCUAAAAACAACAUGGACACCAGGGUAAAAUUUGUUGAUUGUGCAGAAAGUGGAUUUGUGUUUGGUUGGGAGUAUGUGAAAGGAAGGUUAGAAAAUGGAGGCAGGUGUCUGGAUUUUGUGAAAGAAAAUGUUGUGCUAAGCAACUGCACUGGAGAUCAACAGCCGUCCCAGCGAUGGAGGUUCAAAUAUAACUUUGACUGGAAUAAAAGGCUGAGUUACUUUUAAAAUUA